AUGGAGUCAGAUUCUGACGAAGACAUAGAUAACUUCGACAUCUUCAGGGAUUUGGACAUUGAUUUAAUGGAUGUCUUUACCCGAUCGCAGCGAGCGGAGCUCCGCAGGAUGGCUAGAUUGCACAAUCUUAGAACCACGGCCGAUUUCGUCCGAAUGUUCCAACAGCAGCGAAAUGAGCGGAUAUUCAAACUAUAUUGGCUCUUUGGGUUCUUCCCUCUCCCUAAAGUCAACUAUGGACUUCUCUGGAGACGUCAUAGACCUGCUGACAUAGUGAGAUCAAGUAUGAGAUUGGUCAUAGCCAUAGCAGCAGGGGCUGUAAGACUAAGCAGGCUUUUUGUAUAUGGUAUUGCAGUAUUCCAGUGGCUUCGAGAUAUCCUACAGUGGGUGUUCAUCUAUGGCUCGAUGGUGACAUUCUCGACCAACUUUUUCGUCGAUAUCGAGACUUACAUCUUUAGAGACAGCGCAGAUGUUCUACAUCCGCGCGGCAGUACUUCAGACUGGCUCAAAAACCUACAACUGGCUAACGGGAACGUGCUAGAUUGGAGCUUGUGGACCAAGAUCCUUUACGACAUGGUCUCCAGCACAGUGAGAUUACAAUGCGUGAAGGAUCAAGACGGGGACCUGGAGUUCUGCUACAUCGAUAAAAACUCCUUAAUUUUUAGGUUCAGUGAUGUCAUAGCUCUCCAUUUCCCAAUUUUUGAGAGCUUGCCAUCACCAGUUUUGACAUUUUUGGUUGUGCUUUUGUAUCUCACAUACGGUUUUGCGGGACAAAUGAUUUCGUUUAAUGUUCUCUUCUACUUCAUCAUGCAAAUCAUAUUCAGAUUCGAAAGCGUGUCUAAAAUCAUAUUCGGAGUGGGCAAAAUACUAUGGCACAACGGUGGUGAGUUGAUCGUAUGA